ACGCAAAACCCUAGUUUUGUCUUGCAGGCGAAAGAGAAGAUGGCCACCGUUCCAGGGCAGCUCGUGUGGGAGAUCGUGAAGAAAAACAACUCCUUUUUGGUCAAGCAGUUCGGAAGGGGGACCCAGAGCGUCGAAUUCAGCAGAGAGAGCAACAAUCUCUACAACCUCAAUUCGUUCAAGUACUCUGGUUUGGCAAACAAGAAAACUGUUACGGUACAGCCUGAGGGUAAAGAUCAGGCUGUGUUGUUGGCUACAACAAAGACAAAGAAGCAAAACAAGCCUGCUGCAUUGCUUCACAAAUCUGUGAUGAAGAAGGAGUUCAGGAGGAUGGCAAAGGCUGUUGAAAAUCAGGUGGCAGAAAAUUACUACAGGCCCGAUCUCAAGAAGGCCGCCCUUGCAAGGUUGAGUGCUGUUCACAGAAGCCUCAAAGUUGCCAAGUCUGGUGUCAAGAAGAGGAAUAGACAGGCAGUGAAGGUCGCCAGUAGGAAGUGAAAGGGAAUCGAGAAGAGUUAGAUUGCAUUCAACCCUCGAUUUUUGCCCCCUUUUUGUGUUUUUAGAACUCCAAUCUAGAUUUCUCGAGUUUGUUUUGCAAUGCAAUUAUUUAUUAACUAUUCAAUAUGAAACUUGAACUACCAUGUUAUAGAUUUCACCUUCAUUGAUUUGUGUCUUGGUA